AUGAUGUGUGAUCCACAACAGGACCCACCUGUACUGCCAUCAACCCACCUGUACUGCCAUCAACCCACCUGUACUGCCAUCAACCCACCUGUACUGCCAUCAACCCACCUGUACUGCCAUCAACCCACCUGUGCUGCCAUCAACCCACCUGUACUGCCAUCAACCCACCUGUACUGCCAUCAACCCACCUGUGCUGCCAUCAACCCACCUGUGCUGCCAUCAACCCACCUGUGCUGCCAUCAACACACCUGUGCUGCCAUCAACCCACCUGUGCUGCCAUCAACCCACCUGUGCUGCCAUCAACCCACCUGUGCUGCCAUCAACCCACCUGUGCUGCCAUCAACCCACCUGUGCUGCCAUCAACCCACCUGUGCUGCCAUCAACCCACCUGUGCUGCCAUCAACCCACCUGUGCUGCCAUCAACCCACCUGUGCUGCCAUCAACCCACCUGUGCUGCCAUCAACCCACCUGUGCUGCCAUCAACCCACCUGUGCUGCCAUCAACCCACCUGUGCUGCCAUCAACCCACCUGUGCUGCCAUCAACCCACCUGUGCUGCCAUCAACCCACCUGUGCUGCCAUCAACCCACCUGUGCUGCCAUCAACCCACCUGUGCCAUCAACCCACCUGUGCGUGCACUGAUUCUCCAAUCGCGUGGUCUCCUCUGCAAUCUCAUGCACCCAUUUCGUAUCCCACGCAUCCACUCCCCAAUCCCUCUCUGCCUCCUUCCCCUCACUCCCCUGACCUUUCGCAUCCUCCCCCACCAUCCCCCCUUCCUUACCACCGCCUCCGCCAGCACCCUCUUCGCUAUCUUCCCCUCCUUCCCCUCCCCCCUGUCUGCUACAGUUGACCAGAUGACCCCUGAGAUUCGCACUUCAGGCCUGUGA